CUUUGGGCGGGAGGAAGAGGAAAGAGGGCAGGCGCCAUCUUGUUUGUUUUAGUGAAUCAGUGAGAAGGAGGAGGGGUAGGAAAGUAUUGUACGGCCGCCAAAAAAGGAAUACGGUAAUUGGGCAUAAAUAGGAUUGCAGUUUCCUCUUGGCGUAAGAAGGAGCUGGGACAAUGUUUUAUGCCCACUUUGUCCUCAGCAAGAGGGGGCCGUUGGCCAAAAUCUGGCUUGCGGCCCACUGGGAUAAGAAGCUUACCAAAGCACACGUGUUCGAGUGCAAUCUGGAGAGCAGUGUGGAAAGCAUCAUCUCUCCAAAGGUGAAAAUGGCGUUGAGAACUUCUGGCCAUCUCCUCUUGGGCGUUGUAAGAAUCUACCACAGGAAAGCCAAAUACCUCCUUGCUGAUUGUAAUGAGGCGUUCAUUAAGAUCAAAAUGGCUUUUCGUCCAGGGGUUGUGGAUCUGCCGGAGGAGAACAGAGAGGCCGCCUACAAUGCCAUCACACUGCCUGAAGAGUUCCAUGAUUUUGACCAGCCGCUACCCGACCUAGAUGACAUUGAUGUAGCGCAGCAGUUCACAUUGAACCAGAGCAGGGUGGAAGAAAUCACCAUGAGAGAAGAAGUGGGAAAUCUCAGCCUUCUACAAGAAAAUGAUUUUUCUGACUUUGGCAUGGACGACAGGGAGAUGAUGCGCGAAGAGAGCGCGUUUGAGGUGGACAUUAUCAGUGGCGCCACGGCCCCUAACCUGCUGCUGGAGCCUGAGCCACACGCCAGCCAGCUGAACGAUGAGAAGUCCAACCACCUUCAGUACGAUGACCAGUACAAAGACGACAGCUUUGGGGAUAACCCCAUGGGCAAUGAUGGUGGAAUGCUGGUGGACAAGCUCCUCAGUAAUGAAGAUGGGGGCGGUAUCUUCGAUGACCCGCCAGCGAUGGCUGAAAGCGGCGUGAUGAUGCCUCAAGAGCAUGCCCAUGACGACGAUGACGACUUCGAUAACAUGUCCCCUGGUGGGCCAGAUAGUCCAGACUCUGUGGAUCCGGUGGAGCCCCUGCCAACUAUGACUGACCAGACUGAGCAGGCAACUCUGGUUCACAACGAGGAAGAAGCUUUUGCCCUGGAGCCCAUAGAUAUCACUGUUAAGGAGACCAAAGCUAAGCGGAAGAGGAAGCUGAUUGUGGACAGCGUGAAGGAGCUGGACAGCAAGACAAUCCGUGCUCAGCUGAGUGACUACUCUGACAUCGUCACCACUCUGGAUCUGGCUCCUCCUACUAAAAAGCUCAUGAUGUGGAAGGAAACCGGCGGUGUGGAAAAACUGUUCUCCCUGCCAGCACAGCCUCUGUGGAACAACAGACUACUCAAGAUGUUUACCCGUUGCCUUACUCCACUGGUCCCAGACGAGCUGAGGAAGAGGAGGAAGGGUGGGGAGGCUGACAGUCUGGAUGAGUUCCUGAAGGACUUGGAGAACCCCGAGGUGCCCAGAGAGGAGCAGCAGACCCAGCAGCGAGACAUCAUUGAUCAGACCAUCUUGGAGGAGCCCAGUGUCCUGCAGAUGUCUGCGAUGGAGGGCAGCAGGACCACGAUCGAUGAGUCCGUUAUGCCACCCCCUCCCCAGAGAGGAAUCAAGCGCAAGUCCCAAGAGCCAGAGCCAGCUCUUCCUAUGGGUGCUCUCGAGCAGCAGCCGGAGCAGCAGGCGGCCGUCCCGCCCCAGAUGGAGAUCCCGCCCGUGGAGCUCCCCCCCAGCGAGCCGCAGAGCAUCACGCAGCUCAUCCCCGAGCUCGACCUCCUGGGAGAGAAGACCAAGGAGAAGGAGAAGGACGACGAGGAGGAAGAGGAGGAGGAAGAAGGCCAGGGAGGAGACCAGGAUCAGGAGGAAAGAAGGUGGAACAAGAGGACUCAGCAGAUGCUUCAUGGGCUCCAGAGAGCCUUGGCAAAAACGGGGGCUGAAUCCAUCAGCCUGCUCGAGCUGUGUCGAAACAACAACAAGAAACAAGCGGCAGCAAAAUUCUACAGCUUCUUGGUACUUAAAAAGCAGCAAGCCAUUGAGCUCACACAACAAGAACCUUACAGUGAUAUCAUCGCCACACCUGGACCUAGAUUCCAUAUUAUAUAAGGCAUUCUUUUAUGUCUAGUGAAGUGUACACUAGCAAGUUUUCAUCUUUGCAGGUUUAAUAUUUUAUUGUUUGUAUAUGACGUUUUUUUUAACCUAUUGUUAAAACUCCAUUGGUCAUUGGGUAUUAGUGUGGGAAGGGUUUUUUAUGAAGAUGUAAGAUAAACAGUACUUGGAUUUUAUAUCAUAGUUAUGAGGAGUGUGUUCAAUUGAAAAUUUUUGAGCCUUUUAUUAAAAGCAUUCUACCGCUUAUUAUAAAUUUAGUAAAAUAGAACCCAUGUGUAUCUUUCAGUGGACAUAGGCUUUGUAUUCAGGUCUUAUAAUAGUUUUCUCCAUUAAUUAGUCUCCAACCAUUAUGUUGACAGAUUUAGUAGUAUGAUUUUGAGGGUAUUUAUUUUGUUAAAUGAUUCAGUGGUUGGCCUUUGAAAUAGGCCCAAAAAAUUUUAGCAAAUAAUUUUGGCAAGGAAAAUGCCCAAGUGAUUUUAUUUGGAGAAUAUCCAAAUACACUGCCUGUUGAAUUGAAGGAGAGAGUAGCAGGUUUUGGAAAAGAAUACAGUUCUGUGCAAAAGUUUGGAUUAUUUUCAGUUUUAUGAAUUUAAUCUGACUUUAUUGAAAAGGAGAAGAAAACAUACUGAUAGAAAAGGCAAAGUAUUGAGUAAAAUGUUGCUUUUGUAGAUAACAGAUGAAACCUUUCAGGAUUACUUUGUUAGACAACGAGAAAUAUCUUGACUUGUUGAAUGCUUCAUGAGGUGUGUGAGGAAGAAUAAUGCAACAAUAUUCCAGUAGUACAUUGAAAAUGUGAAAGGGAUAGAGUUACAAAAGUGUAUUAGACAAGAUUAAGUGUAUAUUAACACAGGAUGUGUGCCUAAGUGGUUUUACAUUGAGGAAACCUAAUUGUGUUGUGGAGAGUAAACUCUGCCUCCACACAGUUCAUGGGUCCUGGGCUUAAAUCUGGCUUUCGGUAUAUUGUGUGUGCACCUGUUUGCAUGUUCUGCCCAUGUCCACAAGGGUUUUCUAUGGGUAUUUCCUUCCUCCUCCCAAAGACAUUCAGGUAUGUUUUGUGUAUUUACGUUGUGUGUGCAUGCCCUGGCAUCAGGUAAUCUGGUCUUGCACCCUGUACUUUUGGGAAAGACUCUGGGUUGCUGUGAAUCUUAUCAGGAAUAAGCUUUUUUUGGAUAAAUGAUGUUUCUUUUUAAACAAAGUAAAGAAAUAAUACAACAGUAGUAGUUUUAAGCAAAUAAUCGUAUUUCAUUGAAAUAACCCCAGACUCUGGAAUUGCCAUUUUAUUCUUUUAUGUCCACUCAGUUUGGAAUCGCCAGUUGUUAAUCAGCUUGACUUACUGCUGAAACUCUUGGUGGUACUGGAUCUGAGUUUUGCGCCAUUGUUAGAUCAAAUAACUGUACUGCAGAUCUCAAGAUUAGUUCACAGUAUGCAACUUUUACACAUUUAAUAGUCUGGGAGCUUAGCUUCAACUUUUGAAGUGUUUGUAAUAAGUUAGAAUGCAGUAGAUGUAGAAAACAUCUUUUUAGAUCUUUUCUAUUUCAAGGUGCUAUCUUGCAUUCAGUGUUGGGGCUUUCUCUGUUCUGAAAAUCUUGCAUGUGCUACAGAAACAGUGCAGCUUUGUUUCAUCCUGUCAAGUUGGGCAGGUAUUUCUCUACCAGCUGAGCUGACAAUGGGAGCGCAGCAGUCUUGGAAGAUUAAAAACAAAAGGAUGUAAAAGAUAAAAAUUCCACACAUGUUCCUUCAUCUUGUAGCUGAGUAGUAACGCGCUUUUUUCAGGUACCUGCUACUUUCUUUUUUUUUUUAAAUAGGCUUCUUUUCCUAAGGUUUUCGAAUAGUUGGACAAAGUUGUACGCUCCUCUUACAACCACUGUGAAGGUUUUGCAUUUAAAAUGCAUUUAUUUUAAAGCAUGAUUAAAAAUUCCUUUUGCGUUUUGAAGACAAUACAUUUGAGGCCAUUUAUCACCCUGGUGUACGCUCUUAAUGUUUAAAAGCUGCCCUUGUUUUUUGUAAAUUAAGUUGGUAAAUACCCUCAGUCAUGAAGAUCCACAUUUUGAAAUAAGUGUACAUUUCCAUCUAGCUUUUGAGUUUCUUUCAAAUUAUGCAAUUGUUUCAGUGCAGCCUUGAUUAUGUGCCUGUAAACCUGCAUUGUUCCAGUUUUGUAAAAAACCUGAAAUGAUAAAGUACCUUGUAGAUACUGUUACCAUGGAAAGGGUAAUCAUUCAAUGUAAAAGAACUGUUUUGGUAGAUGAAUGUCAGAUGCUUCUAUAGUUCACUUGUUCCUAAAAUAGCAGCUGUGUUAUGUAUAACUUUUCUAAUAAAACUUAAAUCCACUGUU